AUGCGGGGCCUGCAAGCCAUUCGCGCCGCGCUUCCUCUUGAAUUGACGGCCACCGUGACAUCGGGUUCCCCGAAGCUCGGAGUGACGACGUGGCGCCCUGCGAUUCGCCGGCUGAUCACAGCGAUUGGAUUAGCGUCGGCCAAGUCACCCGCAGUUUCCAAGCAGAACCCCGGCGCCAACGUGGCAAUCAGCGGCGAAAACCUAACCGUCACCCAGAAGCAGGCCGUUGCGAAGCAGGAGAGCGCGGCGUCGAACGUCCAACGGUCACCGCCCAACACGGUCACCUCCGAACUCCAAGCCAAGAAAGACAAAGACAACACGCAAGAGACCUCCGUUGAGAACAGCAAUGACCACGAGAAAGGCGGCCGCGGCAGCGGCGGCGGCUGCUCCGGUAACAGCGACUUCGAUUCUGAUUUGGCGCCUCCCUCGCUCGCCUCCCCGUGCCCGCACCCUUCCCCCAACGGGGGCGAAUCCGCCGAUCGUGGCCGGAGCCGCCUGUCGCCGCUACCCAUCGCAUGCCCCGCGCGCCCCGCCAUGUGCGACUUCUUCUUUGACGGCCUGACGGACGAGAUACCGGUCAUCCGUCUGUCCGCCGAUUCCUUUUUCGCUGGCCGGCCGAUUCCCAUCGGACCGUCUCCCAUCGUCGCCAUGGCUGGCGGAGCUUUCGUGGAUGUUUCGCGCGUUGAGGGGAACUACUCCCGCGCCGUGUGUCUGGGCGAGCCAGCGGAGAAUCCGGCGCCAGUCACGGCGACAGACACGUGGCAGGGGAAGACCACGGACGUUUCGAAGAAGCUUCUGCAGGACCAGCUGAUCCUGCCAGAAAGGCUGUUUCAGCUGCGCGGGAACGGAGAACUGAUGUACAACGGCGCUGACGUGGCAGACUGGGACGACGACGACAUCUGGCUGGCGGCGGCUAAAAGUCCCGACGGCGUUACCGUCAGCGUGCAAAUCGACGAAGCCACAGUGAACCUGUUCGGGGUCAAUAUCGAGCUUAAUAUUACCGAGGAUGGAUCCGCCACGUCGGAGAACCGCGAGGUUCCCGGCGCCGAGGCGCAGAUGGCUCUGCUCGAGGCGUCCUCGUUAUUAACAGACCCAUCGUCUUUCAUGCACGAUGCAGAACCCCCGUCAGCCUCGCCGCCAUCCCCAUCCGCAGCAGCGGCAGCGGCGGCAAAGGAAGCAAAGAACGGGAUUGAUCGCAAGAAGCUGUUGGAGUGGCCUGAGCGGGAGGCGGCUUCCGCCAGGCGCCUGGCGGAGGCGGAAGGCGCGAGCGCGAAGGGCGCGGCGACGCAGUGGCAGGAGAUGAUGCUGAAUGCUGGAGUCGCGGCAAUCCCUGAGGCAGGGCGCCCGGCCCUCCCCCUCGUGGCGACUAUUGUGAUGCCAGAGGAUAGUGACUCCUCCCCUGCUGCCACUGGCGCUAAGGAUUCUGCUCCUGCUGUUUCUGGGGAAGGGGGAGACGCAGGGAGAGUGGAAUCGGAGGAGAAGCGCAACUGGUUGAACCAGCCGACCAGCGGUGCUGUGGAGGGGGUGAGUGACAAGGGCGCAGGGAGCGGCAGUGCGAAGAGUGCUGCUGGUGGUACCGCUGGUGGUGCUGGUGGUACUGCUGGUGCUGGUGCUGGCCCUGCUGCUGCCGCGGGUAAGGAAAGCAAGCUUCCUCGCGAAGAAUCCAACGGAGGAAGCAGCAGUGGCAAGAGCAGUGAUGGCAAGAGCGACAAGGCUGCAGCUCUCCACCCACUUGAGAAAGCGAAGGAGUAUCAGCGAGCGCUCAACGCAGUGAAGCUCGAUAAGGUGUUCGCCAAGCCGUUCAUGGGCGCGCUAGGCAGCCACGCGGACGGCGUCUCCGCCAUGGCGAGAAGCCCCGUCAGACUCAACUGCGUCGUUUCCGCCUCCAUGGAUGGGGAUGUACGCCUAUGGGACGUCCCUUACAAGCGCACGCUGUGCCGGUUUGUGGGGCACAGCAGGGCGGUGAGGGGCGUGGCCAUAUCAGCAGAUGGGAAGACAAUGCUGUCAUGCGGCGAUGACUGCACCGUGCGCCUAUGGCAGCUACCAGCGCCGGAGAUCAAGGAGUUGGGGGUGGCAGGGGGGGACGUGGAGCAUGAGGCUGUUGCCACCUUCCAAGGGAAAAACGCCUUCAGAGCAGUGGACCAUAAGUGGAAGGGGCGAGUUUUUGCCACAGCAGGCGCGCAGGUGGACGUGUGGGAGCACAGUCGCUCGGACCCCAUAUCUACAUUCACAUGGGGCGCGGACUCUCUCUACUCUCUUCGCUUCAACCCCGCCGAGCCUGAUGUUUUCGCUACUACCGGCAGUGAUCGCAGCAUUUGCCUGUACGACCUCCGCAUGUCCACACCGUUGAGAAAAGUGAUCAUGCAGACCAAGACCAACUCGCUGGCGUGGAAUCCGCGGGAGCCUCUCAACUUCACUGCGGGGAAUGAGAACGGCAGCUGCUACUCAUAUGACAUGCGCAACCUCAGCACUGCUUCACUCGUACACAAAGACCACGUCUCCGCCGUCAUGGACAUUGACUACUCGCCAACAGGAAGGGAGUUCGUGACAGGGUCGUAUGAUAGAACGGUGCGGAUAUUCCCGUAUGAUGGCAUCAAGAGCCGAGAGGUCUACCACACCAAGCGCAUGCAACGGGUGUUCUGUGUGCGGUUCAGCGGCGACGGCUCAUACGUACUGUCAGGCAGUGACGAUGCCAACAUCCGCCUCUGGAAAGCACAGGCCUCGCAGCAGCUCGGUGUGCAGGUGAAGCGGGAGAAGCGCAAGGCAGAGUACAAUGCAGCGCUGGUGGAGAGGCACCAACACCUGCCUGAGAUUCGCCGCAUCCACAAGCACCGGCACGUGCCACGGCCAAUUCACAACGCCAUCAAGCUGCGGGCCACGAUGGUGGCGGCAGAGAAGCGCAAGGAGGAGAACCGGCAGCGGUUCAAGAAGAAGAGCAAGGGCCUGGAGAAGAAGGACAAUAAGAAGAAGGGCGAGCGCCGGAAUAAGAUCAUUGCCGAGCUGGAGUAG